GUGAAUUCCGUUAGUUUGGUUGAGAUGGCCUCCAUUAUUUCACCCAUGACAAAGCGGCGGGCUGAAAGCUUUGUUCUGGAAGAGAUCCGGGUGAUGCUACAGGAGAUUGAACGUCGGAAACACAUCCUCCUCUCUGUGUCACCAGCCUCAAAUAAGUUGAAACGCAGGGCCUGGGAGGAGGUGGCGAACUGCAUGGCGUUGCGUUGGCCUCAGGAAACUCGCCGCACCGGGGAUCAGCCGUUUGAGCAGCAAGUAAUUAAGCGUCUUCAAUUCCCUCCGGUCGGCAAAAUUCCGCCCACAUUCGUAAUCCCCCCCACCCCCAACGAUAAGGCCGCAAUCAUCGGAAGCGUUUCGACUGUUGCGGCGGCCUCUGAAUGA